GCGGGCUCUGGGCCGGAUGUAGUCUUGGUUUGAGACUUGCUUGGCCAAGCUGGGCAAGGGUCUCCCACGUCUACAUUCAUGGCGUCCCCUAACAAGGCAGUGAUUGUUCCCGGGAACGGAGGCGGGGAUGUGGCCACCCACGGCUGGUACGGUUGGGUGAGAAAGGGGCUGGAGCAGAUUCCUGGUUUCCAGUGUUUGGCUAAAAACAUGCCUGACCCAAUUACAGCUCGAGAGAGCAUCUGGCUGCCCUUCAUGGAGACAGAGCUGCACUGUGAUGAGAAGACUGUCAUCAUAGGCCACAGUUCCGGGGCCAUCGCAGCCAUGAGGUAUGCAGAGACACAUCAGGUAUAUGCUCUCGUAUUGGUGUCUGCAUACACAUCAGACUUGGGAGAUGAAAAUGAGCGUGCAAGUGGGUACUUCAGCCGCCCCUGGCAGUGGGAGAAGAUCAAGGCCAACUGCCCUCACAUUGUACAGUUUGGCUCUACUGAUGACCCCUUCCUUCCCUGGAAGGAACAACAAGAAGUGGCAGAUAGGCUGGAUGCCAAACUGUAUAAAUUCACUGACCGUGGUCACUUUCAGAACACAGAGUUCCAUGAACUGAUUAGUGUGGUGAAGUCUAUGCUGAAAAUACCAGAAUAGUCAGGAUGACUCCUGCUCUGUAACAUGCCAGGAUGGGGAAGAAUAAUAAUAGCAACUAUUCUCACACAGCACUAGACAUGAAAUGUACAGUUAGGUUACAAAAGUGCCUGAACAACAAACCCAUGAACACUCACACUAAGAAUUUAAAUCUUCCUGAAAAGCUACUAACUCCAGCAGUAUGCUUCCUGUUUGAUAAGGGACACAGAGUUUGUUUAGCUGUCCUGUUGAUGCAAAGAGAGUUAAGUCAGAAGAAUCCAGAACUUGACAUAGACAUGGUGGUGUAUCCCUGUAAUCACAGCCCUUCAGAGAAAGCAGGGAAUCAAGAGGAGAAGGCUAGCUUGACCCUGUCUCAGAAAACAAAGAGCAAGACGACAACCCAGGUCUCCUGAGUCUCAUUCCAAAUUAUAAUUCAAUAGGUUUAGCAAGAUGUGAUCCACUUCUGAGACCCAGUACUUAGAAAGGGGAAGAAGGUGGAUCUUGAGUUUGAGGCCUGUCUAGGCCUAAUGAAGUAAAACCCUGUCUCAAAACAAAAGACAGGUUUUCAUUCAAAUUAUAUGAGGGAUUAUUCCUUUUUGAUACAACUUUUUUCUCUUCCUGGGGAAAGCAUGAUUCAAGACCCAGAAUGUUAUCUUAGAACUCAAAGCUCUAGCUGCUCUUUCUCAUUUGCUCAAGAGAGUAAACUUGGGUCUUCAUCACUGAAAUUCCUGACCUCACAUCCCCAGGUCCUUCUGACAAAUUGAGAGAGACUAACAUAGAUGGAUGCUGAGUAAGGGAGCUGCAGGGGACAGAUACCUGCAUAGCCUGUCACCUGGAUGUUAACUGUAUUGGACUGGAUUAGGUUGUGGGGAGUGCUGCAAUAUAGAAACAUGACAAGUACUCAUGUCCUUUUUUAAACUGGGGAAAGGUAUAUGUAUGUAUAUGCAAUCCCUACAUGAAUUAUGGUAGCUGACAACAGCACUGUAAUUAAAAGAUUUGCAAAUGCUAUAAGACAACGACCAGGUUGGUUGUAAACAUUUUUAGAUUCUCUCUGAAGUUGAAGAAAAGCCUAAGAUAACCAAAAUGAACAUAAUACUAAAGGGUGGAAAACAUGGGAACAAUCUGUACUUUGUUAUUAAGUUUUAAGUAUCUUCAAAAGAACUUUUCUGGGGCUCGAGAGAUGGCUCAGCAAUUAAGAGCAGUGACUUUUUCCAGAAGUCUGGAGUUCAAUUCCCAGAAACCACAUGGCGGCUCACAACUAUCUGUAAUGGGUUCCAAUGCCCUCUUCUGGUGUGUCUGAAGAGACAGUGUACUCACAUAUAUAAAAUAAAUAAAUAUUUAUUUAAAAAAAAAAAACAAAAACAAAAAACCUUUUCCACAAUGCAAUGAAUUUUAUAGAGUUCUCGUACAGAGCAUGCAAACUGCCAAUUUUUCUUACACUCACUCAAAAAUAACCACUUUUUAAAACUAUUUUUAUAUUGUAUAUAUUUGAUGUAUAAAAUUGUUUCAGAAUUACAUUUUUGCUGGUUUAUAAAGUACUUUGACCAUAGUAAAAUAAAAUGUUUAUUUCCCAGUAUCUUCUGAAUGUUGUGGUGCCAAAGAUCUCUAGUGCACUUACACCUGAUGAUACAGGACUGAUGCAGAACUGUGAUUCUCCACACUUUUACCUUAGAAGAGGUACAAAGGUGUUGUGUUAGCUUAAGAUGAUUUGGGGAUUUCUAAAGUCAGUAACGACUUUAACUUUUAACAAUAGGUAUCUUUGGAGGAUAGGAAGACAAUCAUAUAUAUAGGUCUACUGUAAGUGUUCACAUGGGAAUGAAUAAUACCAGAAAGUUGUAUAUCAAAUGAAUAUAUUUUUAUCUUGAAGCAGAAAACAAACUGCAAACAUUUAUAUGUUAAUUUUUUAAGAAUCCAAAAAAGCAGAGUAAAUACUAAUCUCAAAAUCAAGUAGACUCAAAUUGGAUUAUAGGUUUGGUUAUACAUACGGGGUGGGGUGGGGAGAGAGAAUAAAAACAUUUACUUUUUUGAAUUUUGAAUUUUUUUCCUAACUUUAAAAAUCUUAAUUAUAAACUGACACAUUUCAGUGAGACUCAGUAAUUCCCGGGGCGGGGAAUAUGCAAGAGAGCUCUCUGGUGAGCUGUGCUGUUUAAUAUAAACAGUAUGCACAGGCAACUAAAUAAAAACUUAGUUCUUAAUCAUUUGUGUAAAGAGCUGGCCAGCCAUCUGGCUGAAGGUUACUAGACUAAACACCAAGUAUAGACUUUCCAUCACAGUACAAAAUGCUAUUUGUCCAGAUAUUGUGAUGCAUAACUAUAAACCCAGAACAAGGUAUAGGUAGGACUGAGUUCAAGAUUCUGUCUUACUGGACCACACUGCUAUGGAGCACAUAUUUUGUAUUCAUCUCUCACCUACUAUAUAGUAAAUCUGAAACUUUUUCUCCCCUUCACUGUUGGGCUAAUGGUUGGGCCAGAGGCCUCAUACCAGGAAUAUUAUUCUAUCACUCUGUCCAUCACAGAAUUGAAUUGUCUGACUACUUUGCUUAAUUGAUCACCACCAAAACCCUUAUAUAAAACUUAUUUAUUGCCAAAUUGAAAGUUUUAUGUGAGAGUCCACAUUCAUUAAAAACCACUAAAUCAUC